AAAGGAACAAAGUUAACACCUGACAAUCCUAGUGCAACGAAAGCAAAGGCAGGUCCCGAUGCUGAUGGAGCGGCAGGAUUGGUUUUUAAGGCUGAUCUUUUCUCUCAUAAGUCCUAGCCCUAGGUUAGUCCCUUUAUGUAAUAUAUGAUAGAUAGAGGCUUUGUUUGAGAUGUCAAUCGUUGGUAAAAGACACGAGUGCAGGUAAGUCUAGAGAGAGAAUUGUGUGGCCGAAAAAGAACAGAAAACCCCUAUUGGUUUUUGUCGCUUUUUCGGCCUUUCAUUCUCCCUAGGGGAAGAAAUGAAUUCCGCAUGUUCUCUCUUAGAUGCUGUUUGUACUUUUUGGUUCUCUCGUUCGCCACACAAUAUUGGCAUAAGUAUCUUUUUGCUUCAACUUGCUAUGUGUAUGUAUACUCUCUGACUCGGCUUACUGUAGGUUCCGGGGUGCUCGAUGUGCAGGAUUCAGAACCUAGCCUAAAGAUACAUUUAUACUUUUUCUUCUUCUAAGUCCACAUCAAAGGUCCUCGAGUCCCGUUCUGGGAGCAACAGCAAGGCAGCAAGUAAAAGUGCUCAUCUCAGGUUGGUGGAUUGUCCUGUGAUUCAACGAGAAGAAAAAUGGAAAGAACUCACUCGCGCACUAUAUCCAGCAAAUGCAGUCGUAGAUGUCGUGGAUGGGACAACAGCCAGCUCAAGCUCAACGUCGUCUUAAGGCUCAAGGUUUCUUCUCUUGAUGAGGUUUUCAGGAAGAUCACUUAUAACUAAUUGAGUCAUGAUGACUUAUAACUGAUUAAUGAGGUUUUCAGGAAGAUCACUUAAAAUAAUUAAGUCACGCCUUAAGACAGCCGGUUAGUUUUUACCUCUUUUCAAAAGAUACCUCCAGAACAGGUAAAUGAAUGAAUGAAUAGGCUUAGCCCUUCAAACAACAUAGUUAAUCUCGUCACCGAUGAAGAUGAUUCGACUUUGUUGGAUCCACGUAAUUCAAAGGGGCACUGCUUUUUUUAUAUCUAGCUAGAAACUGAGUCUAACUCGUUUUCUAUCUCUCCGGUGCUGUGUCAUGCUAGGACACACACUCCUUGGCGGUACUACCUUUGUUACGCAACCAAGAAGUAAAGGAACAAAUUUCUUCUCUAUCUGUUCUGUGGCUUGACCUCCUCAGACCCGACCUCAGGCCCAUCUCCUCUAAAUCUGCUCCUUAUCGACGACGGCGAUCGUUACGAAGCCACAGC